AUGGCUCUCUGCCCAUACUCCGCCUGCUCCGUCCACGGCAGUGCGCCCGCUCCGCCGCACCACUUCGCGCUCCGGCCGGCUGCACCACCUCCACGCGCUGCUCAGGAGCCCCUGCCGUGGCGACCUCCUCGUCGUCUCCAGCCCCGCACGCGCGCAGUCCCGCGCCCGUCCGCGACCAGCCGUCCGCGCCCCUGUGGCCCGCCGGCCGGCCCGGCCGCUUGCUGCUCCGCCCGCCCGCGGCGGCUCGUUCCCCCUCCGGUGCGCUGCUCCGCCUCCGUCCACACCAAGUGGGCACCCCGGGCCCCGCCCCACAAACCGCACGGUCGGCCUCGUCCCCACGCGCGGCUCGCCUCCACGCGGCUUCACCCUCGACCGUGCUCGGUCCCGACGCGCCCGACUGCCCGUCCGGCCGGCUCCGGGUUCCCCACCCCAGCGGCCGGGAAGCCGCCCUGCGCCCCGUUGCCGUCUCCACCAACCGCGCCCAUCGGCGCCUCCGCACGCCCCGUGCCGACUCCCGCUCACCCCGCGCCGGCUUUGCGCCUCCGCGGCCGGCUCCGCCUGCUCCGCCGGGCCGCCUCCUCGCACCGGCUCGGCCGCGCGCGCGCUUGCCCCACCUCGAGCCCGGCCGCGUCCGGCUCCCCCCUGCCGCCCCGCGCCCAGCCGGGUCCGGUGAGCGUCGCCUCCACCUGCGACCGGGUCGCCUCCUGCGCGCCCCCACGCUGGCUCCGCCCCGCAUGCGCGUGGCGCCUCCGGCCGCCGCUCCCCCAACCCUGCCGGCCUCCACGCCAGGCUCCGGCAGCUUGCCGACUCCGCCCCGACUCGGACGGCCGGCUUCGCCGCUUGCCGACUCCGCCCCGACUCGGACGGCCGGCUUCGCCGCUUGCCGACUCCGCCCCGACUCGGAUGGCCGGCUCCGCCGCUUGCCGACUCCGCCCCGACUCGGACGGCCGGCUCCACCGCCGGCCGGCUUCGCCCACCACCCGGCCGUCCUGGCUGGCCGCCGGCUCCUCGCUCGCCUGCUGCUGGUUCCCACAUCCAGCUGUCCAGGGCCGGCUGGAGAAGAAAAGAGAAAGGGCCGAUUGCCCGACAUGA